ACGGUGAUGGUGCUCUGCCGCGCUAGCUGCUCAAGGUGCACUGCUAGCAUAGCACACUGGAAGCCGUUAGCCGUCUGCUCCGAGCCGCCAUUUCACGCAUCCAGGGUCGCGCUGCUCAUUGUAACGUUACAGUUAAAUUGAAGCUCCACAAUGGUGAAAAUAUUCAUUGGGAACUUGUCACCAGAAACGACAACAACUGACCUUCGCUCGCUCUUCUCCCAGUAUGGCAAGAUUGCAGAAUGUGACAUUGUCAAGAAUUUUGGCUUUGUGCACAUGGAUAGCAAAGCUGAGGCGGAGGAAGCCAUACGCAACCUCCACCAAUAUGAGCUGAAUGGCCAGCCCAUGAACGUAGAACUAAGCCGUGGCAAAUCCAGAGCUUCCACCAAGCUACAUGUUGGCAACAUUGCCUGCACCAACCAAGAGCUGCGGGCCAGGUUUGAGGAGUUCGGCACUGUGUUGGAGUGUGAUAUAGUGAAGGACUACGCCUUUGUUCACAUGGAGCGAGUGGAAGACGCCAUGGAGGCCAUCAGUAAGCUGGACAACACAGCCUUCAAAGGCAAACUGAUGAGCGUGAAGCUUUCGACUAGCCGCCUGCGUACUGCGCCGGGAAUGGGAGAGAGAUCGGGUUGUUAUCGUUGCGGGCAGGAAGGCCACUGGUCCAAAGAGUGCCCCCUAGACCAAAAUGGCUACCACAGAAACGGCUCAGAGCCAAAGUCUGGCGGAUACAGUACCUUGAGAUUUGGCGGGCGUGGUCACGGCCGGGGUUAUCAACAGGGCUUCAGUGGCGAUCCAGAUUAUGGUGACAGCUAUGCUCCUGUACAUGCUUUUUCCCGGGGUUCCGGUCACAGCAAUGUGGCAGGGUACGGCAGGGGUGCAGGCUUCGAAGGUGCUAUGAAUUACGGGGCUCCCCCAGGUUACGGCAUAAACGCUUCUGCUGAACAUAGCAUGGCUGGAAUGUAUGGCAAUGAGGCUGCAUACGGGAGCAGCAACUCGAUGUAUGGCGCGGUACCAGCCUACCCGGUGCGACGGUCGUCUUUUGAGAACAGGGAUCCUUAUGGGGUCGUGGACCUCUACGAGAAGUACAGGGCUAAUCCAUACGGAGGCAAUUAUUUUGAGGAAUGCCCCGCUGUGUCGUUGCCAGCUCCAACAUCUUCCUCGACCGCUGUAAAGCGGGAACGUCUGCCACCCACUAGCCUUGACCCUUAUGAGCACCCUCCUCCACCAGCACUUAUGUCCACAUACUACGCACGUGAGCGGAGUCCGAUCCGGAGAGUCCAGUCUGAGGCAAAUGGGUUUAGGUUUGAGCAGUCGCGCCUCUCCCCAACAACCUCUGUCCCGAGAAGUUCGGCUUAUGAAGUUCCGCGGGAUCCCUAUGCUGAGCGGGCGCGCUAUCCAUACUAACCCUUCUCCUACACUGCCAGGUGAGAGCUAAACAGCUUUCUCAGUGAUUAAGAAAGCCCAAGCUCCAUUGAUAAACUAAAAGUGGAGAAUUAGAUGUCUGAUAGUCCAUUUCUUAGAUAAAGUCCAAGGUAAGAGUUAGUUCUUUGUCCAUAUGAGGUGUCUGGGUAAUAAAAAUAACAAAACCACAAUCAAAUUUGCUGAUCAGUAUUGCUAAGAGCAUGCCAUAAAGGUCUAUUUUUUUUAACAGAUAAAUGGAUUUAUGUUGUGGUACACUGCUAUUCCAAGUGGUGCCCCAGUAUUCAGGACAACUAACUUUCAGUUGACCACCUUUUAUUACUUUUUUGGGUGCUGUUGCUAUGUCCAACUCUGGAAAAGCUCACAUCUUAAGUAGACUUCUUAUUAUGAGUUAUACAUAACAUGAUCGUCAGUUACUUUAUGAUGUUUAUUCUGUUUUCUCAACACUGAAUGUAGAUUGUGCAUUCACUACUUAAAUUACAAUAUGAAUAAACCAUUAACUGCAUGAUGCAUGUUUUUACAUGGUUUCAUGACCAGCUUCAUGAGAUCAAAUCAGUUUUCCACUAUUUUACAAGAGAACUUAAGGAAUCAGUUGAGGAUGACCUGAUGCAUACUACCAGUUCACAAGGGAAUCAUUUGGGUAGGGGAAACUGAAUUUUAUAUUGUUUGUCUUUGCACCUUUGUGUCAAUAUUUGUCCAGAUAUGAACUGACAGAAUAAACAAACAAAAAAACAAAAAAAA